AUGCUGGGAGCUUCGCUGAUCCCUGCGGACCGACUUCAUAUUCGCUUCGAAAAGGAUGACGGAAUGCAAAGACCAGAAAUGAUGGAGGUACUGCGAAAGGCUACCAAGUGGACGCUGAAGACCUACUAUAGCUGCAGUUCGCAGACUUUCGCGCUUGAGCUGCCAGGCAGCUGCAACGAUAUGCAGCGACGCGGUGUGAUCAAUUCCGUGGAACAGGUUCAGGGAGCAGGCGUCUAUACCCUGCUGGUCCUCGAACUAGAAGCAGACACACAAAUGCAGAAGCCGUCCUAUGCUGAUGAGUGGUUUCGCGGUUUUG